AUGGUGCUCAAUGGCAAAAUUGACGAAUGCGUUUCAACUCCUUUCACAGCCAAUCUCGUUGAUGAUGAUGGCAAUUGUUUCCAAAAAAUACACAUAUUUUUUGCUGUGUCUUCUUUAGAAAUCCUCCUCAACCAAUCCAGUGAUACUUUUCACACGGCCGUUCGCUACAUUCUUCUGAUAGGACAACUUUUCGCCAUCUUUCCGGCAUCCGGCAUUCUCAACAAGAACUCCAAGAAAAUCAGAUUUAGAUGGAUAUCUAUAAGGUCAUUCUACUGCUCCGUUCUUAUACUGUUCCAAAUACUGAAUUUUCUACUCGCACUACGGAGAUUAGGAAAGUUGGGUAUAAGCUUUUCAGUUUUCGCAACUGCAUUUUUCUACUUCGUAACUCUCAGCGGUUCAGUAAUCCUGUUUCAUUUGGCCCGAACUUGGAACAAGAUUGUAAGGAGAAUCGAAAGAACUGAGAUAACCUUUCUCCAUGAACCGUAUCACCAAGUCGGAUGGCCUAUGUAUCGGAAGCUACGGCUAGUUGCUUCGCUACUUAUUCUAGGAGCUGUUCUUGAACAUGGCAUGUACUUUAUGGCAAAGUUUGUAAAUUCUAGGACCCAACUGAAGCAGUGCAAUUUGAAAGUUCCAAUUUACGAACACUACCUGAAGACAGAACGGAGACACAUAUUUUCUGUUUUGCCAUAUCACAUUGCUUUGGCAUCGCUCAUUGAGUGGUCAAACAUUUGCAGUACUCUUUGUUGGUCCUUUCUUGAUGUCUUCUUGACGCUCUUCAGUAUUAGUAUGGCUUAUCGCUUUAAACAACUCAGCGAUAGAAUGAAAAGAGUUCGCUUCAAGACCAAUCCCGAUACCUUUUGGAUUGAGAUCCGAUCCCACUUCACGGAACUUACAAUGCUACUGAAUUAUCUGGACAAGAAACUAUCUAAUCUGAUAAUGCUGAUCUGCGGUAGUAAUUUAUACUUUAUAUGCCAGCAACUGUUCAACAGCUUCGAAGUACCUCCUGAUCGUUUGAACACUAUUUACUUCUGGUACUCCCUCAUCUACAUCAUUACCAGAACAUUGACGAUGCUCUUCUUUGCGGCAUCGGUCAAUGAGGCCGCCAAAGAGCCCUACCAGAUGCUGAAGGCUCUGCCGCAUACAUCGUGGAGUGUGGAGAUCCAGAGGUUCUCCGACCAACUAAUAAGUGAAGUAAUUGGAUUCUCCGGCAAGCGAUUCUUCUUCAUAACACGCACACUAAUUCUGGCGCUAAUUGGUACGAUUGUCACUUACGAACUCGUGCUUUUGGAUCAUGUGGCCGAGGCGCCAGAAGUUAUCCAGCGGUCAUGCCAUGUUGCUUACAUCGAGUCCAAUAUGACAAGCUAAUCAGAUGCAGCGCGGAGACUCUCUAAGUCAAUUUCCGACCAACAUCCAGCAUUGAGCUCAAUGUCAUCUCUUGGAUUAGUGCAGCACUGCAGCAUGAAAUGCAAGAAAUAGUGAUAAUUAUGAAAUUGCAUAAAAUAUUGCAUUAGUGCUCGCGCGCGCAAUUACUAAACGCUUGCAGUGUUUUGCCAGCAUAUUUAAGAAAUUACCAAGAGAUCGCCACUCUUCGCCGGGACGCAAAGUGGAAAAACGAUUUUCUACGGCAAGCGACACUGACAAAAAAAAAUGAUCUUGUGGACAUGGGUGAAGAACAACAACAGCGACACGGUGUAAAAAUGCUCUUGCUGCUGGUUUUGAAUUUCAGAUAAAACACAAUUUGCGGUUAGAUGGUGCAAUUGUUUUUUAUUGAAUUUCGUUGGCGUGAUACGGAGAGAGGGUGUUUCUUGCCCGCCAGCACAUCGUUGCUGCGCAUCAGUCAUUGGGCAAUUGAACUAAUUAAAUUGCAAGCAACUCUUCAGCAAGAACUCGGUGUCCUUUGGCAAGUGAUAGGCUAGAUGGUUUGAGUUUUUUGUCUCUUAGC